CUUUCCCUGCCUACCUGCAUCUCCAGCUCUCAGCGACAUGGCAUCCACACGUCUGGCGGCCAGGGGCUGGCGGUGCCUGUGCCUGGGCAGCGGGCCGUCACUGGCCGCCUGGCGCCCGCUUGCAGCAGGCCCUGCGCUGCACACGACAUGCAGCAGCAGCAGCAGCAGGGGCCAGCAGCAGUGGGCUGGCAUCUGCAGCAGCGCGUCAAAAGACGCGGCGGCGGCGGCGGCGGCGGCGGCGGCGGCCCCGCCAAGCGGCCCCCUCACCUACAUCCCCGAACGCAUAGGCUUCAUCGGGGCGGGACAGAUGGGCGAGGCCCUGAUCCGCGGCUUCCUGCGCUCCAAGGUGUCCAGCCCUGGCCGCAUCUGCGUGUCUGUCAAGGAUGUGGAGCGGCAGGAUGCGCUGGAGCGGCUGGGCAUCGGCAGCAUUUUUGGCGACGCGACAGACGGCGGCAGCCGCGACGUGGCGCGCUUCAGCUCCGUCAUCAUGCUGUGCACCAAGCCGCAGGCUAUGGGGGAGGUGCUGGCCUCGCUGGCGCCGCACGUCACGCGGGACCACCUGGUGAUAUCCAUCGCCGCGGGCAUCACGCUGCAGACGCUGGAGGCAGCACUGGGGGAGGGGGUGCGCGUGGUGCGGGUCAUGCCCAACACGCCCGUGCUAGGCGAGUGCUUCCACGCUCCCACACACAGCCACGGCCCGCACGCUAGUGACGCCGACGUCGUCGACCUGCUGCUCUCCUCCGUGGGAUUCUGCCUGGCGGUGGAAGAGAAGCAGCUGGAUGCGGUGACAGGGCUCUCCGGCUCCGGCCCCGCCUUUGUCUACCUCAUGAUCGAGGCGCUGGCGGAUGGCGGCGUCAUGGCUGGCCUUCACCGAGACACAGCGCUGGCGCUGGCGGCCAAGACGGUGGCGGGGGCGGCGCAGAUGGUGUUCUCCGACGACGGCGGCGGCGGCAGCGGCGGCAGCUCCUCUCUGGGCAUGGUGCACCCCGGGGUACUCAAGGACCGGGUGGCCUCGCCCGCAGGCACCACCAUCGCGGGCCUGGCGGAGCUGGAGGUCAGCGGCGUGCGGGGCGCCUUUAUACGGGCCGUCAACGCCGCCGCGCAGCGCUCCAGGGAGCUGGCCGGGUGA